GGGCGUGUUACGUGUCUCUGGAGCCGGAGCCGGCGGUGGGUCGGUGGGGUUGGGUCUGGCGCCCACCCGGCGGAGGGCGUAGGAGCACGCCCCGCCCACGCUGCACCCGGAGCGUUGGCCACACUGUGUGCGCCCGUCAGCGAGAGAGGCCGAGGCGUCCUACUGCGGCUGCGCGCUGACGUCGCUCCAAUGGGCCAAUGAACGGAGAGGUGAGCGGGCCGUAGCCGAGUCCGGCUUCCGGUUCCGGUGGACGUCUGUCUGCGGACUCUUGUGCUACGUGUCUCUAGAGUCGGAGGCGGCGGCGAAAAGGCAUCAUGGAUCAGGUGAUGCAGUUCGUUGAGCCAAGUCGGCAGUUUGUGAAGGACUCCAUUCGGCUGGUUAAAAGAUGCACCAAACCUGAUAGAAAAGAGUUCCAGAAGAUUGCCAUGGCAACAGCAAUAGGAUUUGCUAUAAUGGGAUUCAUUGGUUUUUUUGUGAAAUUGAUCCAUAUUCCUAUUAAUAACAUCAUUGUUGGUGGCUGAAUACCUUUUUAAAACAGUGUUUUUCGUCUUGGGGAUUGAUGAACAAGUGAGGAUUCGAGAAGCUCAUGGAGUGAAAAUUUGCCUGUAUCUUUUGUGUUUUUUUUUUUCUUCCAAGAUGUUUUUUUAUUUCUAAAUUAAAAUAAUUUCAAAGUA